UGUCCAGUGUUCAGAAUAGAGGCAGGUUGAAUCUGGGAUUUCAGGGCUCAAAUGAAUUGGAUAGAUAAUGAUGGGCUGAUUCUUCUCUCCAACAAUUCGGUUUUCGCGUUUGGUUUCAACCCCACACAAGAUGUCACUUUGUUUCAACUUGUGGUUGUUCGCAAUGGCGGCUCAACAAUCAUUUGGUCUGCUAAUAGAGGCAAUCUGAUUCAUAAUUCAGAUUUACUCAUAUUCGACAGAAGCGGGAAUGCUUACUUGCAAAGUGGGGGAUCCACUAUUUGGUCCACAGGUACUGCCAACAAAGGAGUUGUAGCAAUGGAAUUGCUGGACUCGGGGAAUUUGGUACUUGUUGGCAAUGAUAGCAGCGUAAUAUGGCAGAGUUUUAGCCAUCCAACUGAUACCCUUAUGUCGAAUCAGGAGUUCACUGAAGGAAUGAAACUUGUUAGCAAUCCCAGCUCCAAUAACUUGAGCUACUCCCUCGAGAUAAAGUCUGGAGAUGUGAUUCUGUCGGCAGAUUAUCAGCCUCCGCAGCCGUACUGGGCCAUGGGAAAGGAUAACAGAAGAAUCAUCAACAAGGAUGGUGGGUAUGUUGUAUCUGCAACUCUUGAAGCCAAUUCUUGGAGGUUUUAUGGACAAAAUCGAGCGUUGCUUUGGCAGUUUUUAUUCUCUGAUAACCGGGACGCAAAUGCCACAUGGGUGGCAGUUCUGGGAAGUGAUGGUUUGAUUAUUUUCAGCCUUCUUCAAUCUGAUAAUACCAUUAGCGCCUCCUCAGUACAAAUACCACAAGAUCAGUGCAGCAGACCUGCAGCUUGCGAUCCAUAUUUCGUUUGUUACAGCGGCAACAAAUGCCAGUGCCCUUCAACCCUUCCCUCUUGCAAACUAGGGAAUGUCUCGUUCUGCAACAGCUCACAGGACUCUGUGGAGCUUGUGAAUGCAGGGGAUGGUCUUAGUUACUUUGCUCUCGGGUUUGUUCCACCCUCUCAGAAAACAGAUUUAAAUGGCUGCAAAGCCUCUUGUCAAGGAAACUGCUCCUGUGCUGCUAUGUUCCAUGACAGCAAUUCGGGAAACUGUUUCCUGUUUGAUCAGAUAGGAAGUUUGCAGGGUUCCACUAAUGGACCUAACUAUGCUUCUUAUAUUAAGGUCUUGACUAGUGCUGGCGGCGGGGCAAAUCAAGGAGGUGGUGGAACUAACAAAGCACGCUUUGUGAUUGUCAUCGUGAUUGUGAUCUCAACUGUGCUCGUUAUCGUUGGUCUUCUUUAUGCAGGUUAUCGUUACCACCAGAAGAAAAACAAGGCAUUUCCUGAAUCCCCCAAAGAGUCUUUGGAGGAGGAAAAUUUUUUGGAAAAUUUAACUGGAAUGCCAGUUCGUUUUAGCUACAAUGAUCUUCAGACUGCAACUAAUAACUUCAGUGUGAAGCUUGGUCAAGGUGGUUUUGGUUCUGUUUACCAGGGGAUUCUUCCUGAUGGCACUCGAUUGGCUGUGAAGAAAUUGGAAAGCAUAGGUCAAGGGAAGAAAGAAUUUCGGGCUGAAGUUAGCAUUAUUGGCAUUCAUCAUCUUCAUUUGGUCAGGCUUAAAGGCUUUUGUGCUGAAGGAAGUCACCGUCUCCUUGUCUACGAGUACAUGGCAAAUGGAUCUCUUGAUAGAUGGCUUUUCCGAAAAAAAGGGGAAUUCAUGUUGGAUUGGGAAACUAGGUACAGCAUUGCACUAGGAACAGCUAAAGGUCUGGCUUAUCUCCAUGAAGAUUGUGAUGUGAAGAUUGUUCAUUGUGAUAUAAAGCCUGAGAAUGUACUUCUUGAUGACCACUUUCUUGCGAAAGUCUCAGAUUUUGGUCUUGCCAAGCUUAUGACUCGAGAGCAGAGUCAUGUUUUCACAACAUUAAGGGGAACAAGGGGGUAUCUUGCACCAGAAUGGAUCACAAACUAUGCUAUAUCGGAGAAAAGUGACGUUUACAGUUAUGGCAUGGUGCUGCUAGAGAUAAUUGGAGGUCGAAAGAACUAUGAUCCCUCACAGUCCUCAGAGAAAUCCCAUUUUCCAACUUAUGCUUUUAAAAUGAUGGAAGACGGAAAAUUGAAGGACAUCAUUGAUACAAGUUUGAAGAUAGGUGAAGACGAUGAGAGGGUUUCUACAGCAAUAAAAGUUGCUUUGUGGUGCAUACAGGAUGAGAUGUCCCUAAGACCAUCGAUGACCAAGGUAGUUCAGAUGCUGGAAGGAAUCUGCCCUGUCCCUCCACCUCCUUCUUCUCAAUUAGGGUCGCGACUUUAUGCAGGAUUCCUCAAGUCAAUAAGCGAUGAGGGCACCGGCACCGGCACCUCAUCAGGGCCUUCAGACUGUAACAGUGAUGCUUACCUUUCGGCUAUUAGGCUUUCAGGGCCAAGAUAGCACCCGCAUAAGGUGAAGCAGCAGUUUCAUUCAAAUUGAGGCCACCAGUGGAAGAACAUUAAUAUGUGCUGUCCUUUUUUGGUUCCCUGUACAUUCAUUAGGUUUUGUUUUUGCUUUUCAGGGAGAAAUUUUGCUAUGCUAGUCUUCACAAAGAUUGAUAUGAUGUUUGCACAUGCUUGCUUUGUAAAUCUAUGACAGAUAAUGUUUAUGAAUUUAUACAUGAUACAUGAUUCGAUUAGCAAAUA